CCGUAUAAUCUACUCCCUUUUACCAUUUUUACUGAUUCUGGGAUAGUCUUUGUCUGUGAUUACGUUAUCUCUGUGCUUGUGUUAUCCUCUGUUGUUAUGUAUUUAUGUAGCUGCUCUUGUUUUUUACAAUAUCUCCUCUGAGGAACAGGAAGAGAAGUGAUUAUGGGAGAUAAGACUAAAGGGAAAAUAAUGCCAGGCAAGAAACAGUUAAAGCAACCUUUUAAUCAAAGCCAAGAUUUCAUCUGCAAGCAGGAAGUAAAAGUUGAGCCAAAACUAUUUGAUUUGAAAAAGAUUGCAGAGGAAGUAUCAAAAGCACUGAAUUUAUCUGAGAAACCACACAAAUGUGAUGAAUGUGGCAAGUGCUUUAACCAAUCUGGACACCUGAAAAGACACCUAAAGAUACAUACAGGACAGAAACCAUACGAAUGUGGUGAAUGUAGCAAGUGCUUUACCCGAUCUGAACGCCUUAAAACACACCUGAGGAUUCACUCAGGACAGAAACCAUACAAAUGUGACGUGUGUGGCAAGUGCUUUUCCGAAUCUAGAAACUUGAAAAGACACCUAAUGAUUCACUCAGGACAGAAACCGUACAAAUGUGACGUGUGCGGCAAGUGCUUUUCCGAAUCUGGAAACUUGAAGAAACACCUGAUGAUUCACUCAGGACAGAAGCCUUACAAAUGUGAUGAAUGUGGCAAGUGCUUUAUCCUAUAUAGGAACCUGAAAACACACCUAAGUAUUCACUCAAGAUAGAAACCAACAACAACAAACAACAACAAACAUCUUUUAUUUGCACACAAAAUUAAGUGUUACAUAGGUUGGGUUUUUUUUAUUUUGUUUUCAUUAGAGAUAUAAUAUUACUCUUCUUUUUCUUUUUUUCUUUCUUUUUAUAUUCAUAUAUUUAUUGAGAGGGAGAGGAGAAAAAAACCCUAGAGUGCAUACCAAGGGGGGACAAUGCUUCGGUGCGGGCACCCUAGAAUAGCUUGAGAGCUAAACGGGCAAGGGUGCACUCAAAUGUUAGGGAAAAAUCCUAGUUUGGAGAUCUGGAGGCUGUGUGCAUAAGCAAGAACGUACGAGAAAAACACAAAUAUAGAGACACGACAAGGAUACAGCAAGGAUACGACAAGAAUACAAGCUCGUACAAGCAGAGCGGAAACAAGGACAAAA